ACCACUUAGAACAUGAUUGCCGUGGAGGAUGAGGUCUUUGCUCAAGCAAACGAAGCACAGUUUGGAACAUUUGACACAGCCAAGUCAGCUGCGUUAAAGAUCAAACGACAGAGAAAACGGACCAACUCAAGAUCUCAUUCCUCAGAAGGCGAUAAUGAUCCUGUAUCUCCCAUGUCAGAUGACUUCCCUAAGCUGAAACUAGACAGAAGUUUCACACGAGACAGGAGGUCCAGGACAGGAAGCAGAGGUCUGCCCAAGAAAGGGGGAGGAGGAGGCAAGGGCACUUGGGGCAAAGUUGGUGACGAGCUCAACUCUUCUGCAGUCAAGGACGAUCAGGAUCCCAACUUCGACGCAACAGAUAUGGGAUCAGGGAUCAAGCUGGGAGCGUACAUUCCAGCCCUGGACGGAGUUGAGAUAGAGAAGAACCUGAAACCAUUGUUUACCGAGUACUUCGAGAACAGCGAGCUAGAUGAGUGUAUUACCGCCAUCAUCAAGUUCAAUAUAGGACCGGAGAACAUAGGAGACGUACUGACGCUCUGCGUCUCCAUGGCUCUGGAGAUGAACCCCUCCAAGAGGGAGCUGUGCUCGCGCCUCAUUGCCGACAUGUACGGUCGUGUCAUCGAGCCUCAGUAUAUGGAGGACGCGUUCGUCGCGCUCCUUAAACAGAUCCCGGACCUGGAGUUGGAUAACCCAAGUGCGGCUGAUGACAUUGGCAGGUUCCUUGCUCGAGCCAUAGCUGACGACUGUCUCCCACCUGCCUUCCUCAAGAGGCUCGCUAGUCAUGACUUGCACAAGAAGUCUCAAGCAGCGGUCCUUCACGCCUCUGCUCUUCUUACCCUGAAGUUUGCCAUGUCAAAGAUAAGCAAUAUCUGGGGAGUGGAGGGUAUGGAGAAACAGACAACCAAGUUCUACACCAACAAAGUGUGGUUCAUCCUCAAGGAGUAUCUCAAAUCAUCAGAGUUGGAAGAAGUUAAAACGAGUUUGCGAGAGUUAGAUAUUCCUCAUUUCCACCAUGAGGUGGUAUACGAAACGAUCGUCCUGGCUAUGGAGCAGCGUGUUUCGGAGUUCGAGAAAUACGCUCAAAGAAUGAUCGAUCUACUACAGUUCCUUGGAAAGACGUUCAUUAUCUCCAAGUCCCAGUUCGAGACUGGAUUCAAACGGGUUGUUGAAGAUCUCGACGACCUUACCUUCGACAUCCCCAACGCUGUUUCCCUGUUCUCCCAGUUUUGUGACAUGUGCGUUGCUCAGUCCUUCAUGUCGGAUGAGACCUACGAAAUGCUCCAUCCCAACCGUGGAAGAAAGCGCUUCGUCAGCGAGGGAGACGGCGGCAAAAUCAAAACUACGAUCUAGCGGCUUCUAGAUUGAAGCCCAGAUAUACAUAAUACUGACUGUCGAAAACAUUUAAACCACAAUAACAUAUAAUUUUUAGAGUGAAUCUUAAAUCAGACUUAUGUAAUGGACAGAUCGUUUAUUUUAGUUCAUUUAAGAGGGUUUUAGAGGUUUACUGCGUGUCAAGGACUUUGUGCUAAAAAUUUUAUACCAGGGACAGAAAAGCAUGGUCUCAAUCGAAAAACUAAGGGUUUUAUUUGAUUUUGUAUUAACUUAUUAAAUUUGUAUAUUUGGGGUUUGGACCUGUUUGACGUGUUUAACCUUGGUGAAAUUGUACGCGUUUUGGUGUACGAACAAAUAACACUUGAAUAACUUUCGUUCAUUGACAGAAUGCCAUCUAAGAUUAAAUUCCAUUCUGAUUUCCACUCUCACUCCCUGUUUGUUUUGAGAACCUUGAGAGCAAUUUUCACCAAUUUGGUAGAUUAAUACAGGAAAGGUCUAAUCCCAAGUACAAUUUCCAGAAAAAUAUUUCCGAUAGGAAACCGCAAAAGGAUUAAAUCUCUUGAUACUUAUUCGACUUUUGAUAACUUUUGUUGUACUUUAGUUUAUCUAAAGAAAUGUUUUUUGAAUUAUGUCUAAGCUUUUAAGCAUAUAAUGUUCAUAUUUUUGCGAGAAAUUUUUACGUGGCUAUUGGAUAAUAAUAUUUAAAAUGUUGACUAAUUUCGGGCUGUAGUUUCAAAUCGAGGAUUAUUAUGCCGAGUAUUAAGAGUGGAGGGUUUUACCGUUCUCCCUAUAACUAGUACUAAUUGAUAACGGUUAACUUUGCCCGUUUUAACACGGGCACCCCUCCUACCCAAGAUAAUUUUCAACACAAGGAACAGAACUUUAUGCGUAUCCAGUAUCGGAUAAUUAAUCUUCUGAUUUAUUGAGCACAGCAUUUUAGAGGUGAGUUUAGACGAUGGAAUGUGUUAUGAUGCCAUGUUAUAUAUUUAGAAAUAAAUCAAUAAACCGAAGUA